ACUGCGUACAACAAGCUUACCGGAAAUAGCUACUUCUGAAAGCAACAAAGAAGAAAUAGUAAACUGCAACAUGGCGACUCCCAUGCAUAGAAUAAUAGCCAGGAGGCAAGCGGAGGCAAACAAACAACAUGUGCGUUGCCAGAAGUGUUUGGAGUUGGGACACUGGACCUACGAAUGCACAGGGAAGAGGAAAUACGUGCACAGACCGUCAAGAACAGUUGAGAUGAAAAAGAAACUCAAGGAGGAUGAAAACAAACCCCUCAGCAUCACUGGACCAGGAACUGAAGGCUCCAGUGAGAAGAAAGUUAAAAAGAAGGCUAAAGACGGUAGCGACAGCGGCAGUGAUUCAGCCGGCUCCUCAAGUGACUCAUCGUCAGACAGCAGCGACUCCUCCAGCUCCUCUUCUGAUGACAGCGACGGCAGCAGUGACAGCGACGAUGACAGCUCUUCCUCAUCCUCCUCUUCCUCCUCCUCUUCAUCCUCAGACAGCUCCGACUCGGGAGGCAGCAGCGAUUCAGAUCAAGGACCUCCAAAGAAGAAGAAAAAGAAGAAAUGAAUAAAUACAUCGGAAUAAGUGCGUUUUCUUGUUGUCGUUUGUUUCCCUAAGUACAUUUUAGCUCUCUGCUAUGUUUUUUUCCCCCCUCUAAUCCAUCAUAGUUGGCUGGAUCUGAAUGGACAGGACACAUUUAGGGCUGUAAUACUGCUCGUACAGUUUUAGCAAAAAUGGAAAUUAAAGAGAAGAGAUCAUUUUGGGAAGUGUCAUGUUCUGUUUUCAAAACACAUCCCCCCCCCCCCCCCCCCGUUACUUUUAUUAAUGCAAUAUUUUCUCAAGUUCGUAGGGCCACUGAAGAAUUUAAUUUUAAAUAUCUGAGGAAACUAUUCUAUAUGUUAUUCAUGUUGAAUUUGUGAUUUUGUACUAAAGAAUAUUUUUAGUCAAACUUAAUCUGUACAGCUCACAACCUCAAUAAAGCAACGCCAUAUCUGGUAUUCAAAAGACAUUACUAUGAGAUCUCUUUAAAGGAUAACGAAUAAAAGUUUGUUCAAUUUUAGUUUGAAGUUAGGUCUUGAUGCUAUUCAAUUGCAGUUGCUUGUUUCACUGUAAAAUAAACAGUUUUUCUUUUUAA